AUGGCGGGUGCUGCACCACGCAAUGGUGAUUCGGCGGCCUCAGCGCUACUUCAGGCAACGACCACUCGGUGCCCUCGGGGCUGCUCCGACGCGACGACGAGUCUGACGGCCUUGGCGCUGCCCGUCCUGCCCGUCCCACCCCAGUGCGAUGGCAGCCCGCCGACCUUGGCGCUGCUUGCCCUUCGAACGUGCAGCCUAAAGAAAAAUUUAAGUUCCCCAGAAAUCCACUAUAAAGAAAUCACAGAGUAUUGGAGCAGAUGGAAACCCCCAAAUGAAGAUUACCUGAAGAUCAAGUGCUCUGUUUCAAGAAGCAAAAUUUAA